AUGGCCACUUCCCUCGAAUACCCCGUGCUCCCCCGUCAGAGCACCUUAUCCCACCUCCCCCCCGAAUACCCCCUCGACGCACAAGACCAGAUCUCCGAGUUACUUUCCACCUCGCCCUCUCUCAGCCGCCUCGUCGUUCUCGACGACGACCCAACCGGAACCCAAACCUGCCACGACAUCACCGUCCUGACAGUCUGGGACGUCCCGACCCUGACGGAAGAAUUCCAACAACCCUCUCGGGGCUUCUUCAUCCUCACCAACUCACGCGCCCACCCCCCACUCGAGGCCGAGAACCUGAUCCGCACCAUCUGCGAGAACGUCCUCGAAGCAGCCAAACUGACCGGCCAAACCGUCGACAUUGUCCUCCGCGGCGACAGCACCCUGCGCGGGCACUUCCCGCUCGAAGCCGACGUCGCGCAGUCGGUCUUCGGGCCCGCACAGGCUACCAUCCUCGCCCCGUUCUUCUUCCAGGGCGGCCGUCUCACCAUCAACGAUGUCCAUUAUGUUGCCGAGGGCGAUUCACUCGUUCCGGCGGGUGAGACUCAGUUUGCGCAGGAUGCGACCUUUGGAUUCAAGAGCUCGAAUCUGCGUGAUUAUGUGAGGGAGAAGGCCCCUGGUCGGUUUACUGCGGAUCAAAUCCAUUCGAUCUCGAUUGAGGAUAUCCGGACUGGUGGUCCUAGUGUCGUCUGCGAAAGGCUUCGCCGUUUUCCGAAGGGAAGCGUUGUUAUUGUUAAUGCUGCUGCUGAGUCGGAUAUGCAUGUCUUCGUUGCUGGCCUGCUUCUCGGUAUGUCCUUUCCCCUACUCAGCCAUCUGCCAUCCGACCUUCCUUUCACCCUCACCACACCACACCACUUUAACCACCACCACCACCAUCACAGCAAAAUCCCACACCUCCACCCCAACACAAUACAUCUACCGCACCGCCGCAGCCUUCGUCUCCACCUCGCUCGCCAUCCGGCCCCAGCCCCCCUCCCCGCCUCGCACCCGUCCCUCUCCCUCCCGUUCCCGCGCCAAACCGGCGCCCUAAUAAUCGCCGGCUCCUACGUGCCCAAAACCACCGCGCAGCUGAAAUACCUCACCGACAAAUGCGGGCCCACGGGCACCAACACCCUCUGUAUCAUCGAACUCCAGGUCGAGGAUAUAAUUGCGUCUGCGGAGCGAGUCCAAGAGACCAUUGGUCUGGUUGUGCGGGAUGUAGAGCGGGAAUUGUUGGAUGGGAGAGAUGUGCUGGUCAUGACGAGUCGACGACUGGUGAGGGGGGAGGAUGAGCUGGGCAGCUUGAGGAUCGGGAGUCGGGUUGCCGAAGCGUUGGUGGGUGUUGUUGCGGGGGUGCAGGUGAGGCCGAGGUUUGUGGUUGCGAAGGGCGGAAUAACCUCCUCCGACGCCGCCACAAAAGGCCUGAACAUCAAGCGCGCGCUGGUCGUCGGACAGGCCGCGCCGGGGGUGCCCCUGUGGCGGUGCGACGAGGCGACGGCGCGUCAUCCGGGCGUGCCGUUCGUCGUGUUUCCGGGGAAUAUUAAGACACUGGAUAAUAAUUAA